CGCGAGUUAGUUUUGGUUUGCUGUUUGUGGGAGGAGGAUUUCGAAGCUAACAAGACAGAUAACCAGGCGCAAUGCCAUGUCAAGUUCACACAGCGACGUUAGUUCCUUCUGACUUGCGGCACGAAGAAUGUCUGCUACAGAUUGCCGAUGCCUUGGAUCAAUUGAACCUCUUGAGCCGGAGCGUCACUGAACGCAUAUCGAACCGUACGGCCGAACUGCGGGAGCGUCUCAAAGAUCUCCAGACACGAGCAGAUGUUGCCCGAGCUAAGAUAGAUUCGAUACGGGGCACCAACAAAGCAACGAAGGUGUUUUCAAGUUACAAGUACCCAGCUGCAGAAGGAGUACGAGAGUAUGUCCCUGCAUUCCACGAAGAAGAGGAAAUCUUCCUUCCGAAACAGCGAGCACCUCGGAUGCCGCACGUCACUCCCGACGAGCAGGUUCUCAAAGAGAAGUUGCAGUUUUUCAACGUUCGGACGCCAGCACAGGAGCCACCAGGUGCUGGGACCCUCCUGGAAGGUGUCGGACCACUUCCGCUCUCUACGGACAGCGUCUGUAGCCUGCUACUCUUUAACACGUGGGAAAAUCCGUACACAAACUACCCCGAAUUAGACCCAGUACCGAUCGUGCGAAAGGGGCAAGUCGAAGAAUUCACCUCCGGUCCGUUCCUGGAUGCUGCUCCUGUUUCGAUCAGCAUGGGCCUGCAAGGUGCCAGCCCCGGUCAGACGGGGACAUUCUCUUACCAUCCCGGCCUGGGUCAGGUUCCCGUCAUGGACGUUCCUCUGGCACUGCCGGAUCUUCCAGGUGUGGCAGAUGACUUGUCCUACAGUGUAGAACAAGAAUGCCCCAUCGCGCCCUCGUGGCCUGCUGGAGUGGACCUACCAGAGUUGCCGGAUGUGGCAGUGGGUGGCGAAAUUGGCACGGAACCGGAACCCGAGCCCCCCGAAGUCCCACCUCCUGUCGUUCACAUUCCUGUUAUAGAACAAGUGGAACUUCCGGAAGUGGCUCCGGACCCACCAGCGACUGAAGAGCCACAGGCUGUUGAAAAACAGGUGCCAGUUGCAGAACCGGUCAAUGAUGCAAGAGCCAGUCUGCUAGAGUCCAUUCGGCAAGCUGGAGGUCGGCCGAAACUCCGCAGUGCAGGUCAACGGCGUGAAAAGGCUGCUCCGAAGGUUGAACCAGGUGGCGACCUGAUGUCGGACCUGCGAAGCAAGCUACAGCUACGUCGAAAGGGCAUUUCAGGGGCCAACCAAAGGGAAAGCAGUCCAAAAGAGAAAGAAACCUUCAAGUCACCCCUCGACAGGAUGGUGAGUAUGAUCCCCGCACCGCCCGAGGACGACGGCGGAGACACCACAGGAACGGACGAAGGCUGGAACGACUCCGACUGAGGCUCCGUUACACGUCACAAAGAAUAGUAUGCUGUCAUGUUGUUUCACAAAUUUACUGUUUGAGAAAAAAUACAACGUCGCAAAACAAGU